AUGUCGGGGACCGACCCCCUGGAGACGUUACGGGUGGAAGCGAGUUGUUCCGUCUGCCUGGAAUAUCUCCAAGAUCCCGUCAUCAUCGAGUGCGGUCACAAUUUUUGCCGUCGUUGCAUCACCCGCUGGUGGGCCGAGCUGGCGCGCGAUUUUCCCUGCCCCGUCUGUCGUAAAACUUCCCGCCAUCGCGCUCUUCGACCCAACCGCCAACUCGGCAACAUGGUAGAAGCCGCUCGGCAGCUGCGCGGAGCUAAAAGGAAAACCAGGGAGGAAAGCCUUUGCCAAGCUCACGGUCAAGUUCUGGCUCGUUUUUGUCGUGACGAUCAAGCUCCCGUUUGUCUGCUCUGCGAGAUCUCCCACGCGCAUCGCGCCCACGUCCUCGUCCCCCUCGACGACGCGGCUCUCGAGUACAAGGAGAAGCUGCAGCGCUGCCUGGAGCCGCUGGAGCGAAAGCUGGAAGCUGUCGCUGGCUGCCGAGCUCGGGAGGAGAAAAAACCGAGCGAGCUGAAGAGGAAGGUGGCUCUGCGUCGGGAACGCAUCGCCCGGGAAUUUGAGGAGCUUCACCAGCUGCUGGAGGAAGAGGAGCGGCUGCUGCUGCGACGGUUGGAGGAGGAAGAGCGCGAGAUCCUGCAGCGGCUUCAGGCCAACCUGGCUCAGCUCGGGGAGCAGCGCCGGGUCCUGGCCGCCCUCGUGGCCGAGCUGGAGGAGAAGUGUCUGCAGUCGGGCGCCGAGAUGCUCAAGGACAUCAAGGACACCCUGGCCAGGUGUGAAGCGGCGACGACACCAGUGGAAGAACCGGCGUCUGUCCCCAUCGAGCUGGAAAAAAACUUUUGCAGUUUUCCCCGGCAAUAUUUCACCCUCCGGAAAAUCACCCGGCGCCUCAUCGGUCGGGGACGGCUCUGGACCGGCGAUAAGUACGCGGCCACCACCACCCCCUUCACGCCGCUGACGGUGAGGGUGAAACCCAAACGGGUCGGGGUCUUCGUGGACUACGAAGCCGGGAAAGUGGCUUUUUAUAACGUCACCGAUCGCUCCCACAUUUACACCUUCACCGAUACUUUCACCGAAAAGAUUUGGCCGCUUUUUUAUCCCGGGAUCCGCGCCGGCAGGAAAAACGCGGCACCUCUCGUUAUCCGUUCGCCUACGGAUUGGGAGUGA